UUUUAAUUCUGUCAAAAGAGGAAUUGCCUAUCUUGUGAUGUAUCAUGUGAUUGUUGAAAUUUUAUAUACAGUAUUAUAUUGAUUAUCAUUUGUAAGGAAGAUGGCUUUGCACUCUGCUAUAAAAGGAAAAUUAAUAUCCGUAAUUGGAGAUGAGGACACUUGCGUUGGAUUUCUUCUGGGCGGAGUAGGGGAAAUAAACAAAAAUCGUCACCCCAAUUUCAUGGUGGUUGAUAAAAAUACUGCUGUAAGUGAAAUCGAAGAUUGCUUUAAAAGAUUCUUGAAGCGUGAUGAUAUCGACAUUAUCCUUAUUAAUCAAAAUUAUGCCGAACUUAUUCGUCAUGUAAUUGAUGCACAUACUUCGCCAGUGCCUGCCGUACUGGAAAUUCCUUCUAAGGAUCACCCUUAUGAUGCAAGCAAAGAUUCCAUUUUAAGACGUGCUCGGGGUAUGUUUAAUCCCGAGGAUUUAGUCCGUUAAUAUUUUUGCUUCUAUACUAGUGAUGUAGUUUUGAACUAAAUAAAUAUAUAAAAUGCUACAAUAAUUUUAAUGUAUUAAAAAAUGUAGUUGUGCAUUCAUAUUAAUA